AAUGCCACGCGUUAAAUUCUACACGUUCACAAUUGUCCUGUGUCUAGAAUUCUGGUUCUCAAUUGUCGCUCGUACGUUAAAACAGUCGAUUUCGCUUCUGUUUGCAGCCUAAUAGGACGAGUUUGUUCUGAGACAUUAAUUUGGCUGCAGAUUUUGGAACUUUCUAGUUAAUUUUUUUCGUUAAGUUUUUGCUACUUAUAGAUUGCUGCUGAGGUCUUUUUUGGACUUGCUUUGGCAUAAACGGAGUUUCCUAUUUAUAGAGUCGUUGAGUUGGUUUACUGCGGAAUUUGCGAUAUUUGUUUGAAUUGUCAUUGAAAAUGGAUUUCGGUGAGGGAAAUGUCACAAUUGUGCCCUUUCGAGCAGCCUUAAAAAAGUGGGAACGGUUGGCGGACGAAUCUCGUGAAGAGGGUAAACGACUUUUGUUUCAACGUGAACUAGAAGAUGCAUUGAUCUUUCUUCAAAGCGCUCCUUUCAUGACGGAAGACAUGAUUCAACAAAUUGUACGAUUUCUCGCGAACGUAUGCAGUAACGAACCCAGCAAUCGCGAGCUUUUUGCAAAGUUAAAUGGCUUUUCAAUACUACACCGCAUUUUCAAGGGUCACGAUUCGGCGAAGACACUUUGCUGUAUCGCUGUACAUAAUGUACUUAUUGAUACAGAAAAACUACAUCCCGCAGCAGCAUCGACCGGCUUGUUGAACUCCAUCCUGCAAUAUUGGUGUGCAGAAUCCCAAAAGCCAAAUUCCGAUGCAUCACAGUAUAAUUUUAUAUUCUUUAACUUGUUCGAGAUACUGGCUCCUUUUACCGAGGACCCUGAAUCAGUUUAUCUUGCCGCUAAAUUAUUACCCGAAAUGAUCACUGUCGAAGAUGCCGCGUGGCCUGCUGUGUUCCAAAAAAUGUUCAGCAAUGCGGUUUUGGCCAGCAAUAUCCUGUCAGAUAUUUUGACGCUUGUGAAAUGUGUCCAAGCGAUGCUUUUAGUAACCGACGCACAGGCGCGGCAACGUGCUUUGCUGCUGCUCCCUCUUCUUGGCGAGAACGAUGAGUGUUUAUCAUUGGUAAACUAUGAACCCAAAUCUGUUGUGAAUUUUUGCUGGGGCUUUAUGAACAAGGACACUACAUUGACGGCCUCUGUAUUGCUGCUUAUCGGCAACCUGUCUCGGAGCGAACGGUCCGCUCAGGUCUUUGUACAACGAAACUUCGUACCUAAGAUAAUGGAGGUCACGAGAUCUAACGCUGGCGAUAUGGAGAUUCUGCACGGGUGUUUGGCUUCAUUUAGACAUUUCUGCAUUUCUGAACCGAAUCGUAAACACGUAGCCCCUUUCCUCAUUGAUCUUUUAAAAAAGGCUUCGACAGCUUCUCACACACAGAUUCACUAUCUGGCAAUAUCCUGUCUACGGUUGUGCAUCAAUGAGCUUGUCAUGAUCCUCGUGAACGAGAAUCAGGUCUUGGAGAUUCUUCAUACUUGGGACACAAGUCAAGACAAUAAUGUUUCUUUGGAAGUCAAGCGGUUGUACCUCGCCAUCGCAAAACAACUUCUCAUUCGGUCCAAGUCAGACGACGCGUCUUGGAAUUACUGCUCCUAUUUAUUAAAAUUUGAUAUCUGCCAGGUUAUUAUUGAUACAUUCACCCUCGCGAAAGACCUUCCUGUGGUAUUUGCCGAAGACAUUUUUGUCAGCAUCCUUCUUCUGCAGAACAACAUGUUUCCUGAACUGAAACAAAAGCUGUUAGACGCUGGCGUUCCAGCACAACUUUCAGCUUUUGCAGCAUCGGAUACCGUUGGAAAGGAAUUACGGAAUAACGCUAAAUUUGCGCUGCAAUUGCUUCCCACACCUUAAAGUUAUCAUUUUAUUUACAGCUUAAUAUAAACGGAAAGUAGUUGUUAAUUUUUAGGAAGCACACAAUUUACUUGUGUAAGUUUUCCAUUAGUUUGGAUAUCAUAGCAUUGCAAACGACUCGGGAUUCUUCAAAACGCGGGCGGAAGUACUCCUUCGUCUUAAGGAAUCUCUUCUUGUAGGUAUCAAAAUCACCGUUUUCAACACAAUCGCUCCAAGAGCGUGCUGCAAUGACAAAUUCCAAGUCGUCACUGCAAAAAUCGCUCUGACGAAGCAUCACUUUGAUAGCACGGUCAAGCAUUUCAGGUUGGCGGAAAAUGUACUCAGCGACGCCAACCCACAAGCGAAACAGAGGAGUGGAACAAAUCAUUUGUUUUUGGGGUUUGAUGCCAAGCUUGGCCCACGAGUCUACAAUUGCCAAAAUACUGAGAUGACUGUUGGGUACCGUCUUGUCAUUUGGUACAUUAGAAAUGCUGUAUUGAUCAAGAAGAUCGUCACUUAACAGUAAGCCACUGUAGUUGUGGUCUCGAUGUUCACCAAAAACAGCAAUGCCAGCAGCACGAACACGGCGUUCAAACUCUUCAUUACGACCGGUAACGGCCAACUUGUAUAGAUCCGUCACCGAAGCAGCAUACUGUUUUAUUUGCUUUCUGGCAUAAGGAUUAAGAAUAGCAAGUCCAGCAUACACAUGCCAUUUGCUUGAGUAGAUACGCAGGGACAAAUUCAUCUUGAUAUUUUCAAUUCCACCACACCAGCGGUUAAUUUCCCAUGGAUAUUGUUGAUUAGAAUGCCAAGCGGCGCCCAUUGUAAGAAAAGCAGCAUGCGUCACCGCUUGCGUAUCGGCUGUUAUACGGUCAUGUUCACCAGCACUCAGGUAAGCUAGAGACGAACCAAAGCAUUGGAACAUGUAGUUGACAACCGCGAAGGCUUCAUCAGAAGCUCGGUGUCGAAUAAUAAUGAGAGGCUGCGAUUUGGGAUUAACAGCUGGACCAUGUAAAGAAUGACAGGAUAUAAUUUGAACGUCUUCAGGCAAAUAUUUUUCAAAAGCAGCAAUCUCCGGGGUCUUGCAAGAUGUUUGACCUCCAACGAUAGCACCCAUUUUAGUAGCUGGCCCAUACUUUCCAACAACAGCGUCAAUUUUUUCAGCUUCAACACUGUAAAUAAUGUAAUCGCUUGCACGGGACACCGCAAAACCAUCGUCCAUAAUACAUAUAGAAGUUGGUGCAAACUCCUUUUUCAGUUCUUCUGUCUUGUCCGGAGUAUCACAAGCGUUAACCCUUCAUUUCUGUUAGUAUGUCGCAUUAUAGAAAUCUAAAAAGUAAAAAAACAAGACAAAACAAAUCACGUACUUCCAACCAGCUUUACUAAUUACAUUGGCAUACAAACGGCCCAUAUCACCGAGACCGAUAAUGCCAAUAGUAAAAGUCUCCUUCAUUUUCUCGAGCUGUGAAGCAUCGUAUACAGCCAUGGUAGUGCACCUAUCUCCUACAGAAACACAAAUAUAGUUCAACUGCAGUCGCUAAGGCUCGAAGAUUUGCGUUUCAAGCAGUAAUGGAUUGAAUCUAGUAAAUGUUUAGAAUGCGCGGUCAAAGUGGUGUUGGCGAGUAGCCGAAAACGACUGGAAGAAUUUGAAGAAUUCAUCCGAAGGAAUAAGCCAAAAAGGCGGGACAGAUUAAAAAGUACAUGCCGAAUAGUUCGUACGAUGUCCGCUUAAUUUGAAACUGUUCAUGGCCAGUCGACAGAUAUAUAAUUGCAAUUACAGUCUUAUAGAUUACUUAGACUUGUUCGGUAGAGACCAAAUUCAGCAAGGUCAGAAAUUGUGUUCAUCGCAACGAGCCUUCAUUCCUUUUAAUACGCCGAUUUAAAACAAUCAUGAAUGUAUCAACAGUGAAAACGACCCACACAAACUCUGGAUGCCUUUAUAUUCGUAGAACAUUUCUACUUUGCAUCAGAGGAUGGAGACCGACGACGACGAUAAAAGAGUAAAUAAGCAGCGGGGGACACAACCUCUUCAUCUGUAGCAGGCGAAACGCGAGAGUCGUCAAAGCAGUAGAAUCUUUGGUCUGUCGAAUUGAUGGCAUACGCUGUAUAAUGACCACCCCCAAGGCUUCCGUAAUGAUUAUCGACAGCAAAAAGGUCAUAAACUAUGGUUUCGUUGGGUUUGUUCUGUUGCUUAUUUGAUCCAAUACGGUUUGUAAGGUCUAGAGACUUUAUAGGGAAAUUAAUCAAAACAUCGAUUUUAUCGCGGAACCGUCUCUCACUGCUGAAACGUUUCAAGUGAAAAAUAAGGACAUCUGGAGCGAACCAAAGUUCCAUUUGCUUAUAAGCACAGCGGAAUUCUUUACAAUUGGGACAAUACCAAGGAUCCUCCUCACUAAGUUGCUCUGUUUUCUCAAACUCAUUCAAACAAUCGUCCAGAGAAAUGUCUUUCUUCUCCUCCGGCUUUCUUCGUUCCUCGAUACGUUCAAAUUCCGUCCAUAGUGCUCGGCCCAAGCCUGUUGGAGCAACAAAAUCGCCGAACACUUCAGCGUAAACAUGUUCAUUCCAUGAACACUCUAGUACAUCACCCUGAACCAAUUUUCCGGCAAGCUUUUCCAUGGGAGCCAAUGGUAACAUUAAUGGUCCCUCAGGAACAUCUUCAGUGUCAUCUUCCUCCAUUGCCUCUUCAUCGGAUUUUGUUUCAGACACCGGAGAAGCAACUUGACUUUCAUCUGCGCUUUCAAUUUGUUUGGAGAGUCUCUCAUCAAGGCUCACUUUGUUUGAAGCUUGCAUAUACCAUCCAGUGGGCAACUUUUCCGACCGAUCAUGGAAAAUAUUAACCUUAAAUAGAGAUUCAAUGUUGGCUUCAGUUGCUGCAUUGACCUUUUCAAAGAGCUUCUGACGAUUUUCCUCUUGUUGGAUAUCGUAAGUGGUAAACUGGGCAUACUUGGUAGUUAUUUUGUUUAUUAUAGCGUUCUUGUCACAGGCUUCUUCCUCAUCCAGCACCAAAAGGAAGGGCAAUCCUUCAUAGGAAGAUGUCAUUUCAAGCUCUUCUUCGUGAUACACCGGAACAAUGCAGUUUUUGUUGUUACUAAGAUCGAAGGGACGAUCCAGCUCGUAGAUGUAGAUUUCGUCAUCCUCAGAAAUAUCCAUCAUUACUGACGAUUUAACAUUCGUGAAAUAGCGAUAAAAACGACCACGAUAUGUUUCAGCGACCAGCAGCGCUGCUGCAUCUUCACAACCGACCUUUUCAGCAACAAAAUUCCGUAAGGUAUCAAUGGUUGCGCUUUUAUUCUCAAAAACGACUUCCACUGAAACCGGUUUGCGUGUUAUGUCUUUAGGUACAUAUAGCACGGUAUGGGUCCAAUUUUGGGAUACCGGAAGAGGAAGUGUUAAAUCCAUAAAUGGAUCAAAAGUGAUGGAAACCUUAUUACAUUCAGGACAAACAAGCGUGCUUUUAUACAUACCCUGAAAUGUGUCCACAAUGACUGAAUCGUUUCUCAUCUUAUGAAGUUUCCAGCACUCGUUUGCAGUAUCGAUAAUCUUCUGAGGAUCAUUUUCAAAUAAGUCUGGUUUUUCUGUAUAGGGUUUUUGUUGAAUACGAUUUAAGUCCUCGUGCAAGCCAUCCAAAAGGAAAGCUAGAAACUCCUGGGAAUCCUGUUGUUGGUAUCCGAUGAAUGAGUGAUUGAGACGACCAACAACGGCUUUAAAAUGUCUGGGGGAAAAGAAAUCCUUUGCUUCCGAAGAAUACAAAGCCUUAAUCAAAUCAGCGUACACGGAAGCAAUUUGACCACCUGUACCCAACGGAUUUGUUUCAUUCACUUGUUCCUUCCAAUCCUGAUUCUGGAAAAAAUCAACUAGUUCCGGAGUGUGAGAAAGACACUGGAGAGCAGAAUUCAUGUAACAGGUGUUGCCGAGAUUCGCCAAUCCACAAAGGCCCAUUUUUUUGCUUUUUGCUUCCGCAUCUGCUUGUCCUCCAUUCUUUGAAGCACGUUGGACCAUGUAUUGUACACGUAAAGCAUGAUCUACGGGCCAAUUUCCAUGCACAGUACACUCAAUUACCAAGUCAGUAUCACUGUCGAUUUCAGCAUCAAUAAGUGAAAUAUUCACGUCCGUGAAAUUCAGCAAUUCGCGUGAACCGAGUUUGAUGAAAGACGACGGGUCAAUAGUUGGUUUAGAAAGUGUCUCACUUUCUAAUCUCCAAAGACGAAAUUCAUCAGUGUCCAAAUUAAAAGUUUCCUUGAUUGCCUUAAGCAAGUUCUUAAUACUAGAUUUUGAAGAAAACGUUACAAGUGGGAUAUCUUCUCGUGCAGAAAACUUUUUCGAGUCUUCACUGGGCAAAACGAGAAGGGCCAAACGGAAACGAGGCGGAUAAACCUCGACAAUAAGGUGCGAAGAGUCUUCGGUUCCUUGAUUAAUCACAUUUCUGGGGUAUGACUUUCCAUUGAGACCGUACCAGGAGAUCAGAAUCUUCCAAACAUGUUCAGGCACCAGCACAAAGUCGGACUCCUCCUGCAAAUUACGCUCUAAAUCACCUGUGUCUUCAUCCGUAAUAUCAUUCUGGUCAAUAGGACCAGGGUCUGGACCACCUUCGGAGAGAUGUUCACAGAGGCUUUGGUACCAAGAAUAAGACAAAACGUACUCAACAUCUCCAACCUCCAGUUCACUUUCCUCUUCAAUCGUAUCUCCAAGAAGCUUCUUUUGAUCAUCAAUCGAAGGACAUUGUUUCAAAGUUGAGACAGGUGAUUGAAGCGGGGACGAAAUGUGUUCAUUCAGAACUUCAUUUUCUGAAGACAUAAACGAAUCCUCAGACAGAGAACGCGGUCUCUUUCCAUGAUAUGAUGAAGAAGAACCUUCAGACAUAUUAUCCAUGGCAGUCGAGGCUCUGUUUGCCAGAAUGACUUUAGCACUGAGUGGAAGUGUGGUUUUCAGGCAGAGCACAAGUACAAAAUUCUUUAAAAGACAUGACUAGAGUUAAACAAUACAUUUGUAAGGGAAAUACAUUUCACUAAUUGUCAAUGCUGGCUUUUUAGAUUACGGAAAAAUAUAUUUUAGGUUUAUGCAUGUGAAAACCUUGAUUCGGUGACGCCUCUUCCGGAUAAGUAUAGGAACAUAUAUUUUACAGUUAGACAGUCUACGUA